GUAACCUGAAACCAGGUCAAACACCGAGCACCAACAAUAACAGCAGCGCCCAGCUCCAUUCCACGCCUCGGUAGACCAUUCCCGCUGCACUUGGCGGCUUUGUCCGCAUUCCCGCAUCCACGACUGUCUGUUCACGUCCAGCAGACACAUCAGCGCGGUUCGCCUUGCCUUGUCAGUCUGCGUUGCAUCAGCACCAGCAGCACAACGCCAUCCGCCGCCGAUACCCCUUUGUUUCUCGCGAAACAUCGGCUGAGCCUCUUAGUCUCGCCGACAAAUUAGUCACUCCAAGCAGCGAUACCCUGUUUCUUCUCCAUCUUCUCAUCCUUGUGCUCGCUCCUUUCUGUCACCUGUUUGAAGCCUCUCACCAUGCCUCGCAAAAGUGCCGAGCGCGAUCGCAUGCAACGGUCAACAGCAGCAGAAGAGAUUGAGACGCAGACAAAGGGCAAAGGUAUCAGGACUCCGAGUAGCGGCGGAAGCGACUCGAGCAGCAAGAAGCGCAAGAAAGGGACUCGAGUGAGAAUAGCGCAAGCUUGCAACUUUUGCAGAAAUCACAAACGUCGGUGUUCUGGCACCCUGCCUUGCGAGCUGUGCGCUAGGCGAGGUCGCGCAAAGGAGUGCGCCUACGAAACGAGCUCUCCACCAGUAAAUCUUGCUCAACUGAGCCCCGGAAGCCCCCACAGUCGGACGUCCACUUCACAGAGAUACCCACCUCAAGCGUCCAUCCCGCGAGCUUCAACUUCACGCGUCACCUCUCAGCCUUGGAGCGACUGGCAAUCGCCGAGCCGGCGUGGGAGUCGAAUCAACAGAAGCAGAGCAGAUAGUAUUGCAAGCUACGACACCAUGGUCACGAUCUCGAGAGGCUCUUCGAUGGCACAUCAAAGCCAGCUAGAACGCUACGACGCAGAUCAGUCAAUGAUGCAGGACAGCAGCGACGAUAGCCUUGGAUCUUCAGACGAGGACGACAAAGGUUGCAGCCACUCUGCUAAGCGGCGUGUAGUGAGGCACUUUUCGCCAACUGCAGGCGCACCUCAUGAGAGCGUGCAGCCGCAGCCUGAAGACGUCGGUAUGCACGCCCUCACACCACCUCGCCACCGCCCUUGGGUACCCGCGCCCAUGAGCGCACCUCACCAUGGGUCACAAAGCCGAAGCUUCUACUCUGCUCCAAACACGAUUCUCAGCACGGAUCGGUCCGACCUGCAUUGCCGCGUCCGGUCCAGCAAAGAUUCGAUCGCUGCUCACGCGAAGCAAAGUCCCUCUACGGCACAGCCUAUCAGAGUGUCGUGGGAGCGAACCUACAUGAAUUCACCCUCUCACCACCGUGUUUACACGCAACCCAACCAUCACUGGCCUUCGCCUUCUUCAUCAAAGAUGUCAGAGCGAUCUCAAAGCCCUGCAGGGCGAUCUUCGCUGUCUGCCUCGCUGGAGCUGCCCUCCUACUGGCCUCACGGGCUACACUUGCCUGCGCCAGCACCUUCACCAUCGCCAAGCUCUAGUUCGAUAGCACGAGCAACUGGUCAACGCGAUGUCAUGCAUCGUCAAACACGGGGCUCCUUGCGUGCCAGCUCUCCGCCUGCGCCCAUCGACCCUCUCUAUCAGGCGCCAGUGCUGGACUCUGCUGGACGACCUCGACCCACGUUGAGCGUGGAGCCACUUUCCAACGUGUCCCUGCCCGACUUGCGAGAGCUGCCGGAGGAGACAAUCAGGAGGCGACCUCCGAUACUCCCUCGUGAGCCACUUUCUCCUCAUGACAUACGACAUCGAGACGUGUGGCGUGACCUACCCGACUCUAAGGAUGCGGAGCGCUUCAGCGGGCGCGCGCAUCACCGCCAAUCAACAGCAGAAUCUCAGCAGUACGGGAUUGAGAUGGAGGUCGAUACUGUAUCAUCGCAUCAUCCACGCACCACUUUGAACGCUGCGCAUGGGUCAAGUAGCGAGACGGUCAGGUAUGCUAUUGGCGGACUAUCAGCCACCUUCUCCAGACACGCUCUGCCGCCGUUGACAAUGCCAUCACCGACACCUUUCGAGAGCGAUGGUUCACGAGUCAUAGCAAUGCAAGAAGCAGACUACGAUGAUCGUACUCCUGGUGAGCUGAGGGAGAAGGAUCGCCUGGCGUACUUCGUUGAUGCCGACGACUCGAUGAACGGCGUCGACGAGUCGCGUGACGUCGCUCAGAGCGGGGCCAUGCGCGCUUACAGCAGCGUUGACAGUCACGCCAAAGCACCUCGCAUGCGAAGCUUCUCAAUGACAAAUGAGAUGGCACGUAUAUCAAUAGGAUCGACACAUCUACCCGGACACUUGGACAUCCCAUCCGUCUUGAAAUCUAGUCCUGAUCUCUCUAUCACGGCGAAGUCGCGCAAGAGAAAGGCACCAGACGCGGAUCUCAAGUUUGCUGCUCCCCAGUGUGGAGAUGGGGCUUAUACGACAGCCUCCACGUGCACCAGAGCACCGGUCCCACACUCGUCGACGGCGCCGAUCCCGCUGCAUCGCGUCAUCAGGUCACACUCGCGCAGCUUCAGCUCCGCAUCUCGUGGUUCGGGUCAGAUAAAGAUAGGAUCUGCUCAGCCCAUCCCCUUCACCCCCACGAGCUCGUCCGACUCUGCAUCUGCUCCUCCUUCUAUCAUCAUGACACCAAGCAGCGGUAUGGUGCGCUCAGCAGCUACAUGGACUAACUGGAUGGAGGCACCAACCGCAUCCCAUCAUUUCUCCCCUCUAGGCACCUCCCCGCCUGCAUCUGCUCCGGCUGGCGCCGCCUCGGCAGCACCACCUCCGCGCGACUUUCGGCACUUGAAAUCUUCAGAAUUGAUGUGA